GAAUUCCGACGCCAUCUUUAAAAUUGUCAAAAACGCCCGCCCUCGCCUGUGCUCGCCGACCACGAUCACUUAUAGAAACUGGUGUAUUAAAUUGUAAUAUUCGAUAUAUUUCGCAAAAUUUAUAAUAUUCUAUAGGUUUAAAUUGUUCGAAUAGCACAAAAUAAUGUCAGGUGGUAGUGGCGGUAGCAGGAAUGAGUGUAGGAUAUACGUCGGGAAUCUGCCCCCGGACAUCAGAACAAAAGACAUCCAAGACCUGUUUUACAAAUUCGGCAAAGUUACCUUCGUCGAUUUGAAAAAUAGAAAAGGACCACCAUUCGCUUUCGUAGAAUUUGAAGACCCUAGAGACGCAGAUGACGCAGUACGAGCUCGCGACGGUUACGACUAUGAUGGCUACAGGCUUCGAGUGGAGUUUCCACGGGGAGGAGGUGGUGGGGCUCGCGGGGGCCGGUCUCAGGGUGACCGUUUCGGUCCGCGCCCUGCCGUUCGAGGCCCGCCGGCCCGACGCUCCGAGUACCGGGUACUCGUCACCGGCCUGCCGCCGUCUGGAUCUUGGCAGGAUCUCAAGGACCACAUGCGUGAAGCAGGCGACGUGUGCUUCGCGGACACCUUCAAAGACGGCACGGGCGUGGUGGAGUUCUUGCGCCACGAGGAUAUGAAGUAUGCGGUCAAGAAGCUCGACGACUCGCGCUUCCGGAGCCACGAGGGUGAGGUUUCAUACAUCCGAGUGAAAGAAGACUAUGGCAGCGGAGGAGGCGCCAGCGGUGGUGGCGGUGACAGGGAUAGGUCUCGCUCAUACUCGCCGCGCUCGCCGUCGUUCGCGCGCCGCCGCGGCUCGCCCACCUACUCGCCGGUGCGUCGCUCGUACUCGCGCUCCCGCUCGCGCUCGCGCAACAACUACUGAGGUCGGUAAGCUUCUCACACGACACUACUGUCUUACACUAAAUACUCGUACUACAGUUCAAGAACAGAAGUUCCACACAAGGUCCUUGUCACAAAAUAAUUAAGGCAGGUUCACAUGUUACCAGUGCACUUGAACCAAAUUGAGGAAUCAGUUUUUACACGCUUCUGCAACAUCAUCAUUCCCAUGUGGUUGUGGCCUAAAGUGAAUUUAAAAAAAUGCACAAACAGUCCAGAUUUUAGUGGCGAAUAAUUUAUGACAUAUUUUUGUAAGAUUCCAGUAAAACUGUACAUUUUAUUAACAUAACUUACCUCCACAGUAAUUUUGGAUAAACCUUGUUGGAAUUCAGCUUUGGAUUUUGGAAUUAUUGAGCUGUCUCUUGACAGCUUCAUGGAUCUCAAUUGUCAGGAUUACACAUUUAGUUUUGUCUCACUCUGGAUUAUACUCAGGAUUUUCAAGGACAUCACAGCAACACUAGUAUCAAAAAAAACUUUGGAUUUUAAAAUAUCCUUCAAUAGAGCAUAAUACCAGAUUCUCAAAAUACCAGAUUAUCAUAAAGACAGACAACAAAGUGAUCCUGUAAGGAUUCCGAUUUUCCUUUUGAGGUACGGAACCCUAAAAAUAAUAAUUUUUCGAUUUUUUUUUAUCAUCGAGAAGAGGUUUUAAAUAUAAAUAUUUUGCAAUUGUUAUAACACUUUUUUUUCUACAUUUCGUAAUAAGAAACAUGAUGUGUAUAUGUGUGCAAACCAGGCCCCUUGAACCAUAUCGUUUGUGACCUGUCAUCUACCAACUAUGAUAAAUAUAGGUCCUCAACAAACCAGUCUAGUAAAAUAUUAGAUUUGAGAAUCUGGUACUAUACUCUGGAAGGAAAUUUAGUAGUAGUCAAUAUUUUUUUCUGUUUAUUCUGUUACUAAUUUUGUGUGUAAUUAACUUAAACAUAAAUAGAGAUGGAAAACUUUAUUCAAUCGGACUAAGCUUUUGGAUAAAGGACUGUUGGUAACUAAUUUACCAGUGGUUGUACAUGUUACCAGGAUGAGUCCGUAAGUUGUGUUUGUUGUGUUUGGUGUAUACUGUGCUCGGACUGAAGGGUGGAUGUUUUCAACAGCGGCUAGCGAGCGACGCGGCGCGGGGACUGCGCGGCGCGGCGGCUGCAGUAGACAUAAGACACGCGAUCUAUUGUAUUGACUCCCACAGACACACAAAACUCUAUCGUAAAGUGGAACCUUUGACAAUAACGUGCUUUACACAAAAAUGACAUGUUUUACACAAAAGUAAAAUAACCUGUUUUACACAAAAAUAAAAUUACAUGUUUUACACAAAAAUAAAAUAACAUGUUUUACACAAAAGUAAAAUAACCUGUUUUGCACAAAAAUAAAAUAACGUGUUUUACACAAAAAUAAAAUGACAUAUUUACGCCACUAAGGGCGCGUUCUCACUAUGUCGUAACGGUUAAUUUGUUGUUGGACGACUAUCGUCUCUAGCUGUUCCCAUAUAUUAUGUCGUCGAAUAUAUUUUUUUGCUUAGAACGACUAUCGUAUCUAUAGCUGUUCCCAUUGGAAUCCGUCCCAUUGGAAUGGAUUUGCCAUCACGAUCAGUCGUAUCUUUUUUUUUCAAUCUUUUUACGGCACGAUAUGAUAUGUGCUAGCCGUUUCCAUUGCCUCGACAAUCUUUCGUCACUGUAAAAAAAAUUGACUGUCUGUAAAGUCGGUUUACUGACGAUAGUUGAACGUGACAACAAAGGCCGAUUGUGCUUCUUUGUCGCUCGUUCCGCGCUCUCGCUUGCACUUCAAGCCUUACAUGGAACGCCUCGGAGCGAGGUAACGCCGCAUGAGUCAUGUUUUUUCGUGCGUGCAGCCGGCUCUAUCGAAUUAUAAGACGUUGUCACGUCAAAAACAGCCUCGGACGAUAGCUGUUAAUCGUGCCGUCCUAUAUGUGGACACCUCCAUUCAAAUAUACAAGCCAUGAUGCUUCUGGUUGACUAUUUGUCGUCACGACAGAGUGGCAACGUGCCUCAAAGGAGUAGUUAAAGCAAGCAAUACACCCGUCAACACUAAACUCUACUCAUAUUUUCUAGGACACACUCAACAUUCUUUUCACUUUGACACUGGAGCAUCCUCAAGAGAAGUAGACUUCAUAAUUGCUUUUCCUGCUUCUUUAGUAGGAGGGAGCGGUGUAGGGGGGAUGUCGCAUGUUAAGACUGAAUAAAUUACAAAUACCCUCAUUUUACUCAGUUCCAACAAGUCAGAUGUUUUUAUAUUUCACUAUUAUUGUUAUAUUAUACUUAAUAAUCAUAAAAAUAUGAUAUAAUAUUGUCAAAGGUUUCACAACAUUUCAGUUUUUAAACUAAGUAAGCGUGUGGGUAUAAUUAUGGUACUCUUCGGAUUGGCGGGCGUUUUUACCCAAAAUAUAAUAAUAUAUAAAUAGUAUUAAAGCAAGACUAUUUUAAAUUAAUAUGGAUCAACAAUUUCAGUUACAAACCAAAUUAAUAUGAAAUUAGGAUAAGUUUUCGGCUAUUUCAUCAGCUCAUUGCUUUUUUAAAACGUUCCUUUUGAAUUAAUCAACAGUUAAAACUAUAAGUAUAACCAAGUUUAGUACUUUUAUUUAUAAAAAAAAAAGAUGAAUAAAUUCCAAAGAUGUGUUCCAUAUUCUUUAUGUAAAAGGAUCAGUAUUACUUUUCUCUGCAUUUUAUUCCUCGUUUCUGAGGAUUUGACCCCUUUUCAUUAAUGUCAUAAUAGUAGGGUAAAUCCUAAUUUUUAAAAUCAGUUUGCUUAUAAAGUUAUAAUGCAUAAAGAGAAUGCAUUCACCAGAAUUGCUAUAUGUGUCAACUGGCAUGUCAAAAGUUUAAAACUGUACUUUUGGCAUAAUAGUUGACACAUGGAACAAAUAUGGCAUGUGUGUUCUCAAAAUAUAUGCACUAUAGCGCUUUAUGAACGGACGGAACGUUUUCAUUCAAGCAAUGACUAACAAUGAACCAUAUCAAUUUAAUUUUUUUUUCGCCAACAUUACGGAGGGUAGUCGAUAAAAGUAUAAAUAUUAGAUGUUAUGUAUUAACUAUUAAGCAAUUGUAAACGAUUUAUAAUUAAAAGCAUUUUCUUUUGUUUCAUCCUCUUUGGAUUGGAUUGGAUCGUUGGAUGUGCUUGGCUGGAGGUGUGCUGAAUGAGGGAACGGACUAGGACGUGAGGGAAGGACAUAGGACAGAUGAGGGAAGGACAUAGGACAUGAGGGAAGGACAUAGGACAUUAGGAUAGGACGCACGGACGUAGGGAAUCGGAAGGUCGGGACUCCAGUCUUUCUUGUUAAAAACUUUUGGACCGGACUUUUAACCGGAUCGGACGGACUCAAGCCCGGAUCACGAGGAUCUAGGAUACCGUAAGGAUUCCCCUGGGUAUGAUUUUGAAAAUUUUUGCCAAUAAUACAAAACCAAAAAAAAACAUGGGUGCGUGUGUACCUACUUGCGUACGCGCGUUGGAAGUUAUACUUCUUUUUUUGUCUCUAUAAAAACGUAAAAAAAAAUUGUUGCUGCCAGUACAAUAUUGUGAAGCUUCUGCAGAAUGUGAAUACCUUCGUAUUUGAAACCUUAAAGUAUUAAAAAAAAUUGUUAACGACUAACUUCAACAUAGAUUUCGUGUGUCGCUUAGAUGUUGCAUGCUAUGAUUUGUAAAAAAUCCCUCAUUUCCUCUAACGCGC